AUGAAGUUGCCCGCUUUGAUCGCUACCGUGAUGAGCAUUGGGGUCGUUAUCACCACAGCCGCUACGGUUCCGGCGACACAGGCAGCUAUCACCACAGUGGAGGAUUCAUGGGGCUACAUUAACACACAUCAAAACACGUCCCGUGUGGAGGUUGACGACCGGGGCUAUCCUUAUAUGUGGGAUAUCGACGGUAACCAUGUCCAGCUAACUGGUGAAGCUAGCGAAUUCUGGUCGAAGAAACUCGGCGCUGCCGCUCUAGCCCGCCGCAACUCCGGGCUAGCAGUUCCUGACCACCACGUCGCAAUGGCGAAGCGGGCUGAAGCAGAUCCCGACGCAUGUUGUGGUGGUCCGGAUGGGCAACAGUGCGGCGACGUUUCGUGCAUUCUCCAUGUGCGGUGCAUCUCGCAAUCCUGCUAUAUCUGCGGUCCGGGAUACUGUAUUAUUUAA